GGGCCAGACUGCGGAAGAGGAGGUCCUGGGACUGUGCUCCGCCGCUCUGAACCUGAACUGAUCCUCGGAAUAUCACUUUUUAAGGAAUUAGGAACUAGAAAGUAACAAUUUACGUAUUUAUUUGGAUCUAUCCUAGGUACCCGGCUGAUUAUCUAUGGUCCAACCCCAACCCUUAAAGGACGCUAUCUAUUGUUUUGGUGGCACUUUGAGCUCACUACUUUUCCUCUGACCGAAAACUGAGAGAAUUUCUUCAGGGGAAAGAAAAAAAGUUGUAAAAAUCUUGCAGCAGCGGGCGAACUUUCUGCGAACUGCGCCUGCGUGUUGGAGCGAAAUUGGACGAAGCAGGGGUUCACGGGUCCCUUGUUUAACUUUCGGAUGGUCGAAGUGAGGAAUAUUACGAGUUAAAGUUGGUCUUCGCUGUUGGACACGCUGGGAAUAACCCUGCAGCUGUCUGCGGUACUCACACUACAUCCCCGCUCGGAUGUGCGCACAGCGCAACAAAGGAGCCCCCCAGACCCCAGGAGUGGUUGUUGUUGGAGGAUUUUAACUCUUCUCUUCCUGGACGUUGUAGCGACUGAUCGCUGGGGAACACGGGAUCUUCUCCUGGUUCUCCCUUAGCCCGGAGCAGGACGGAAUGGAUUACUAAACGAACCCACUGGCAGACAAAGAAGGAGACCCCCCCUCCUUGUUGGCUUGACGCGCCGAGUUACGCGUAGCCUCGUUGAGAAUGGAGGGCGAAGGGUUUCGAGUCGUCGCCUUAAAACAACUCUUCUCGACAUGGCAAAGCGUCUGUUUUCGCCCCCCUGCGGAUCCCACUGCGUUUUAAAAACGAGACGCGCUUCCCAGACCCCCCGUCCCGCUCCCCAGGCCCCCGUCCCGCUCCCCAGACCCCCGUCCGUCUCCCGAGACCCCCCGUCCUGCCCACCGUGUUCCCCCCUCACACGACGGGGACAUUUCUAAUCUGGAAAAGGGGGUGUUAUGAUUGCGGAUAUGCUCCGGUUGUUGGUGGUUCUGCUGCUCCUGGGCAGUGGGGCUGCCGUGUCCUACUCCGACUGCAAACCCUACAACGAACGCACCAAAGGCGCAGCGAGACCCCUCGCACCAAACGCCACGGACGACAAGAAGGUGUUUUGCAGCAACAUUGAACUCGAUCAGGUGCUGCCCUUCGAUUCCUUCCCCAACAGGACAGUCACCCUAAUACUGAGCAACAACAAGAUUCAAGAACUGAAGAAUGGAUCGUUCGUGGGUCUGACGAUACUGGAAAGACUAGACCUCCGGAAUAACUUGAUCAGUCGCAUCGAGCCCGGAGCCUUCCUUGGCCUGCCAGCGCUGAAGAGACUGGACCUGUCCAACAACCGCAUCGGCUGUCUGAACGUGGACAUCUUCAAGGGUCUGACGAGCCUGGUCCGACUGAACCUUUCUGGAAACAUCUUCUCCUCUGUCGCUCAGGGGACCUUCGACAGCCUGGUGUCUCUGAAAACCCUGGAGUUCAGCACGCCCUACCUGCUGUGCGACUGCAGCCUGCGCUGGCUGCAGCGCUGGGUGACGGAGCACAGUGUGACCGUUAAGGACACGCGCUGCUCGUACCCGCGUUCCCUCAAGGGCCAGCUCGCCACCGACGUCCAGCCAGAGUCCCUGACCUGCGACGCGCCCCUGGAGCUGCCCUCCUUCCUGCUCACGCCGUCCCAGCGGCAGGUUGUGUUCCAGGGGGACAGCCUGCCGUUCCAGUGCCAGGCCUCCUUCGUGGCCCAGGACAUGCAGGUGCUGUGGUACCAGGACGGCCGCGCCGUGGAGCCCGACGCCGCGCAGGGCAUCGCCAUCGAGAAGAGCAUGGUGCAGAACUGCUCGCUCAUUGCCAGCGCCCUGACCAUCUCCAACAUCCAGCCGGGCUCCACGGGCAACUGGGAGUGCCGCGUGCGCACGAGCCGGGGCAACACCAACCGCACGGUGCACAUCGUGGUGCUGGAGAGCUCCGCCAAGUACUGCAGCCCCGAACGCCAGGUUAACAACAAGGGGGAAUUCAGGUGGCCCCGCACGCUGGCGGGCAUCACGGCGUACCUGCCCUGCGCCAAGAAGCUGUCGGCGGGGGACGCGGGCCCCGGGGAGGCGCAGCGGGCGUGGCGGCGCUGCGACCGCGCGGGGGUCUGGGCCGACGAGGACUACUCCCUCUGCCAGUACCACAAGGACAUCACGCGCUUCCUCAACGUCAUCAACCAGAUGCCGCUGAACGAGACCAACGUGAUGCAGCGAGCCCGUCGGCUGCUCGUCUACACGCAGAACGCCGCCAACUUCUCCGACAAGAUGGACAUCGUGUUCGUGGCCGAGAUGUUCGAGAAGUUCUCCAAGUUCGCCGAGAAGUUCAAAGACCUGGGUGAGGUGAUGGUGAGCAUGGCCAGUAACCUGAUGCUUGCAGACGACAGGGUGCUGUGGUUGGCCCAGCGCGACGCCCGCGCCUGCACGCGGGUGGUCUCCUGCCUGCAGAGGAUCGCAGCCAACCUGGUGGUCAACGCGCAGGCCUUCUCAUUGACGUCCCCCAACAUCGCCCUGGAGGUGCACCCGGUGCGGGCGGGCGAGUGGAGCGGCAUGGCGUGCGUCCUCUUCCAGAAGCCCGGGCUGGAGCAGCUCACCUUCAAGUGCAACGCCACCAACGCCUUCGCCAGCAUCCUGCACAAGAACACGGUACUGGAAGCAUCCCUGCAGCUCCCGUCCUCUCUCCUCCAAUCACCGGCUGCCGCUGCUGUCGCCGGGCAGACUGACGACUCCAUUGCAAACUUCAAGUUCUACCUGUUGGCAUUCCGCAACGGCAAGUUCUUCCCGUCCACGGGGAACUCCACGCUAUUGGCCGACGGCGGGAAGAAGCGGAGCGUGGCCACACCCGUGGUCAUGGCCAAGAUAGACGGCGUCCCCCAGCACGGCCUGCGCUCGCCGGUCAACGUCACGCUGCGCCGCUUCGCCCGCGGCUCGGACGCCACGGCGGCCUUCUGGAACGCCAGCGCGGCGGGGGGCCGGGGGGGCUGGCAGAGCGAGGGCUGCCGGCUGCUGUCCCACCACGACAACUUCACCACCAUCUCCUGCGACGCCCUCGGGAACUACGGCCUGCUCAUGGACCUGAGCAGUGUGGAGCUCUUCUCCCCCAGCAUCCAGCCCCUUCACCCGGUCACCUACGCCACGGGGCUGGUGCUGCUAGUCUGCAUGCUCACCAUCAUCAUCAGCUACGUCCACCACCACAGGUCGGUGCGCGUCAGCCGUAAGUUCUGGCACAUGCUGGUCAACCUCUGCCUCCACAUCUUCCUCACCUGCGGAGUCUUCAUCGGCGGCAUCAACCAGACGCGCUACAUCAGCGUGUGCCAGGCGGUGGGGAUCCUGCUGCACUACUCCACCCUGGCCACCACCCUUUGGGUGGGGGUGACGGCGCGCAACAUCUACAAGCAGGUGACCCGCAAGGCCAAGCGCUACGAAGAGCUGGACGAGCCGCCCCCUCCCCCCCGACCCAUGCUCAGGUUCUACUUAAUUGGCGGAGGGAUACCCAUUAUCGUUUGCGGCAUCACAGCAGCAGCCAACAUCAAAAACUAUGGCAGUCGGAUCAAUGCGCCGUACUGCUGGAUGGCGUGGGAGCCCAGCAUCGGGGCCUUCUACGGCCCGGUGGGCUUCAUCGUGUUCGUGGACUGCAUGUACUUCCUCAGCAUCCUGCUGCAGCUCCACCGCCACCCGGAGCGCCGCUACGAGCUCCGGGAGCUGGGCGAGGACGAGGAGGAGGAGGAGCGUCUGGGCUCCGGCGGCGGCGGUGGCGGCGACCGGCACGCCAGCGGCGGCGCCCAGCUCCGCCUCCCCCUCGCCGUCCGCCUCCCGGCGUCGGACGGCCCCCGCGGGAUGGCGAUGGCGAUGGGCGGGGCCUCGGCGUCCGCCCAGCCCUUCCCCGUGGCGGUCUCCGCCCUGGAGAACGAGCACACCUUCCCGGCCCAGCUGGCGGGCGCGGCGGGCGCGCUGGCGCUGUACGGCGCCCUGUGGGUGUUCGCCGCCAUGUCGGUGUCCCAGGAGUACCCGGUGGACCUGGCCUUCACCUGCCUGUUUGGCGUCACGGCGCUGGCGCUGGCGGCCUUCAUGACGGCGCACCACUGCAUCAACCGGCUGGACAUGCGGCGCUACUGGGCGCAGGCCUGCUGCUCGGGGCGCCGGGCGUACUCGGCCCGCCGGGAGGACGCGCUGCUGCCCGCGCCGGGCACGGCGGCGGCGGCGGCGGCGGCAAGCUCCACGGCCGGGUCGCUGCGGCGCGGGACCAGCGGCGAGCCGUCCCGCUGCGGGCAGAGCAGCGGCGCCGACUCGUCCUGCACCAACCGCAGCGCGGCGGCGACGGCGGUCGGCGCGCGGCCCACGCCGCAGGGCAGCAAGCUGACCAACCUGCACGCCGAGGCGGCCCAGCUGGGGAAGCCCGCCGGGGGGACGGCCGUGGCGGGGGCGUCGGCUCCGUCUGCUCCGUCGCCCGCCCUCCUCCUCCUGGACAACAGCCUGACGGAGCACUCGCUGGACAACGACAUCAAGAUGCACGUCGCGCCCGUGGAGGCGCAGUUCCGCCCCAACCCGCCGCUCGUCGGGGGGGUCGUCGCCAUGGGCAACGGGCACGCGGGGGCGGGGGCGGCGGCGGCGCGGCACCACAAGAACCGCGCGCGGGCCCACCGCGCCAGCCGGCUCACGGUGCUGCGGGAGUACGCCUACGACGUGCCGACCAGCGUGGAGGGCAGCGUGCAGAGCGCCGCCCGCAGCCGCAGCCACCACCACCACUACGACGUGGCGGCCAGGAACAGCCGCAGGGCCGCCUACAUGGCGUACCGCGAGCGCCACCAGAGCCAGCUGCAGCCCGACAGCAGCGACAGCGCCAGCCUGCCGCGCCGCGGGCGCCCCACGGACAAGGCGGCGCCGGGGGCUUCGCCGCCGCUGGCGAACGGUGUCGUCGUCAUCGUCGGAGGAGGUGGUUUGGGAUGCGGUGGGGAGGGAGGCGAUGGUGCCGGUGAGGGCGGGAAGGCGGGGGUGUCGAUGUCGCCGGGGGGCGGGGCGGGAAGCCCGCCGGCGCCGGAGAGCGAACAGCAGACGGCGACGGCGACCCCGGACGCCACCGACCCCGCCGCCGCCGCCGGCUCGGGUUCGAGUAAAGACGCAGGCGGGCUGGCCACGCCCACCCGGUCGGACCUGGAGGGCCAGCCCAAGUGGUACGGGCUGAACCUGGUGACGGGGCAGAACGGGACGAGGAGGGAGCAGGUGGCGCUGCUGCUGAACACGGACAGCACGCCGGGCAUCAAGACGGGCUUAUGGAAACACGAAACUACCGUGUAGCGGGGGGUUUCCACGCCGACAGACUGCACCAAGAGCUCCUCCUCUCAACUGUGAAGUUUAUAGUUUUUUCUUUUGUAGAGAUUUCCAGAUUGUAUAGUUUUGUUUUUGUUAUGGAAAAAAAGAAAAUAAUUAUUGGACACCAAGUGAUAUCCUUUUUCAGAUCGUUGCCGAGUCGAUGAAUAACCAUUUUUUUUGUAAAGGGUCUAUUUUUAUAUAAUUAAUCCCAAGAGUUACACGGUUUUUGAGUUGUGUCGAACAAAAGAACUGCGCGGUGUAAAUGCUGUGGCAGCCCUGUAAAUAUCCACCUUUGGGCAUACCUUUUAUGUUUUUGUUGUAGUUCUGCCGUAAAAUAAACCCAAAGUUCCAUGUGAA